AUGGAAGGCGACAUUACUGGAGAUAUCUAUUAUUUUAGUGAACCGGUUGAUGGUUCUCCUCCAUGGGUUGAUGUGAGUCCUACGUUGGGCUGCGCAAGGACAAAUUUCACAGGAACACCAACUCGUGUCACAAUUCAUGAUUUGCGGGGUAAGGAGAAUUCCGUCAAUAUCGAUACUCAUGGCUUUGAAAUAAUGAAAUAUGAUGGCAAUAUACACAAUGAAUUUGACAGCGGUAGCGAGAUGCAACAACUUUACUAUGAUGAGAUUAGUGCUCUGCUCAAAAAACGUCUCGGUGCCUCCCGUGUGAUUAUCUUCAAUCAUAUAUUCCGAUUUCGAGCAAUCCCGCGUGCUGUCGAUCAAUGUGAUCAGAAUCACAAGAAUCCUAUUUUCUAUGCGCAUGUUGAUAAUGAUCCGCCGGCAGUUCGUUUUAAAAUAGAACAAGUACUCGAUGCAGAAGAAGCCAAAACAGUGAUGCAGAAACGCUUUCAACUUAUCAAUGUUUGGCGACCGGUGGGUCCCAAUCCAAUCAUAAACACUCCUUUGACCCUUUGCGACUAUCAAUCAUUAGAUAUCGACAACGAUAUUCAUAUUGCAGAAGCUCGCGGAUCUCAAAGUAGUGUUUCAGUCUAUGCCAUCUCGCGCAACGCUCAAGAUGCCCACAGGUGGUACUAUCUAAGCCAUAUGCGAUCAAACGAAUUGUUUAUCUUCAAAAUCUUCGAGAGUGAUUCCGGUGUUGCGCAAUAUGGUGCUCAUACAGGUUUUAUCAAUGAGCAUGAGUCUCCAACAGAUAGCGAACAAAAAAGUGUUGAAGCACGUUGUCUUGUCUUUUAUGAUUAA